AUGGAUAUCUUAGGCUCAAAUACUUCCGACUCCGAAUCCCUGACUAAGAAGAGGAAGCUACACUCGGAAUCUAGUGAUCUACCAGCCGUACCCUCCCCGAGCUCGCGGGACAUUACAAUGGUGGCAGCCGGUGAGCACACCGGCCCUUUCCCCCUUCCACACCUGAUUCAACCCACACCCCCCACCCAACUGUCUAACACCCUACAUACCUACGGACCCAGCCCACUACUAGCCCCCGAACCAUACGGGCCAGGACGGAACAUCCGAGAGUGGCUCCAAGACCUUUCCCUCCUCAUAGUGAGCGUCCCCCCUCAUGAACACGUAUGCUACCUCCUACGCUUUCUUUCCCCUCACGCCCGUAGGCUAGCGUUUGACGCCGGCCUAACACCCAAAUCUGACUUCCAAAAAGCCUCCGAAGUCCUCUUGCAACUCUUCGCCAGCCCUGACGCCUCGGCCUUGGCGAAUCAGCGGUUCGCCACGCUACGACAACGGCCCGGCCAAUCAGUGGAUGACUUCGCCCACGACCUACGACGUCUGGCUGCAGCGGCUUUCACCAACCUUCCAGAGAGUGACCGCGACCGGUUUAUUCUCCACCAGUUCAUCACCGGCUUAAGGGACCGUACCGCCAGCGGUGUACUCCUGUUACACCCACCGGCCAGCCUGUCCUCAGCUAUUCAGCAAUGUCGGCUCUACGAAGAGUGUCACUCGAGAGCGACUGGAUCCCCACGCCGCACCAACAGCCCCACCCGCACGACCCCCCACCCAACAGACGACCUUCCACUUUACCAGUGCGAUUCCCGGAUCACAAUCCCGGAUGUCCUUAUUGUGCAGCUUUCGGACCACAAGCUCGGCGAUGCGGACACAACCAGCCAAGUAAGUCUGUCUUCAUUGCUCCUACUUACCUGGCUUUUUUCGUCUCACCAACCCCCUUUUACAAUUUCCGCUACACUAGUCGGUCACAAGAUACCAGCCUUGGUAGACACAGGCGCCAACGUGUCCCUAGUGAACAACUCCAGCCUCACCCGCGAGUUACGCGAACAGAUCGACCACACGAGCGCCCCCCAUACCCUGCGUGCCGCGAACGGUACCCUUAUACCCCUCUUAGGUCGCAUAACCCUAGACCUCACUAUAGACAACACAGAAUUGACGUAUCCAUUCCUAGUGACAUCUGAUAGUCCGUGGGCCCUAGUUCUAGGGUUGGAUCUCCUGGCAGACCACGAUUGCGUUAUCCAUACCAAGAGUCGUCGUCUGUCAAUCCUGACACGCCCAGACCCCCCCACCCAUAUACCAUCUGAGAACCUCGAUCUGAUGUACGACGCCGUGGUAGCAGCCGCAACACUCGAGCCGUCCGACAUCGAUGCGAACCUACCUCCAACAGAAGUAGUCGGGCCAGACAACCGUAAUAAACUACGUAAACUCCUACUGUCAUUUCCCGGGUUGUUCACCUGGUCAACCGAUACAAUAGGGCGCACCCGCAAGGUGCAACAUACUAUUAACACGGAUGACGCGAAACCCAUUUGGCAACCCCCACGCCGAAUACCAGUACGGUUCCGCGCAGAGGUUGACAAAAUCAUAGACGAACUGCUUAAAGCCCACAUUAUACAACCGUCUUCCUCCCCACUGGGCGUCGCCGAUAGCCUUAGUCCCCAAAAAAGACGGCUCCCUCAGUCUCUGCAUAGACUAUCGCCGCCUGAAUGCCGUCACUGUCCGUGACUCAUUUCCCUUGCCGCGUCUCGACGACACCCUAGACAGCCUUGGCGGAGCAGCUUGGUUCUCGACCCUGGACCUUAAGUCAGGCUAUUGGCAAGUCGAGAUCGAUCCCAAAGACCGCCCGAAGACCGCAUUUAUCGCUCCCCAAGGGUUGUUCGAAUUCCAGACGCUUCCUUUCGGACUAUGUAACGCCGCCGCCACGUUCCAGCGAUUGAUGUACCAGGUGUUACGACACCUUAUCCCUCACAAAUGCCUCGUAUAUCUGGACGACAUCAUCGUUUUUGGACCCGAUGUUGAACAACACAACCGCAAUUUAAGAGAGGUGCUAGAAGCCCUCCGUGAUGCGGGCCUGACCCUGAACCCGGCCAAGUGCACAUUCCUACGGCCAGAAGUACAAUUUCUGGGCCAUAAGAUUUCCCCAGGACGCAUAGCCGCUCUACCGGACCGCUUACAACAGAUCCGUACAUGGCCGACCCCCGCCAACCAGACGCAGCUACGCAGUUUCCUCGGGCUUGCCUCCUAUUACCGACGGUUUAUACGUAAUUUCGCCCACAGUGCCGGCCCUCUCCACAAGCUGACAGAGAAAGGUAGGGAAUUCAGAUGGUCCCCAGAAUGUGAAGAUGCUUUCACUAACCUACGGGCCGCCCUUGCAUCCGACCCACUUCUAGCCCUCCCGAACGUCGAUCAUGACGCCCCUCCUUUCAUCCUCGAUACAGAUGCCAGCGGUUUUGUCAUCGGUGCAGUAUUGUCACAAACAGACUCCCAGGGCGUCGAACAUCCCGUCUGCUUUGCGAGUAACACGCUGACGAAGGCUCAGCGGAACUACUGCACAUUCCGCAGAGAGCUAUUAGCUAUAAUCACAUUUAUACUGCAGUUCAAACAUCUACUUAUUGGACGCCGUUUCAUACUACGAACCGAUCACAAGGCCUUGCAGUGGCUUCAGUCCAUUAAAGACCCUAUGGACCAGCUCGCCCGUUGGCAAAAAUUCCUUCAAGAUUUCGAUUUUGAUGCCAAUUUCGGCCUGGGCAUAAACACGGCAACGCCGACGCCCUCUCCCGACUACCCGACUCCCCGACUACCGAACCCGAAAACCAUGCGACUUACGUAAAUGCCAUUACGAUGUCGGAAACUACCCGCCACACCUGGGCGAAAGCACAACGUACUGACCCCGACACCUCCACCAUUUACCGCCACUUGAUGAACAACCUCAAUAAACCCCUGGAAGCCGACAUGCGAGGAUCCAGCCAGAACGCACGCAUCCUACUACACCAGUGGCCACACCUCCUGUUGGACAAUGACAUUUUGUUCCUGCGGGAUUCCGCGUCCCAACGUCUUCGUCCCGUGGUACCCGGAUGCCUCGUCGAAUCCGUUCUGGCCGACCUUCACGCCGAGCUGGGUCAUUGUGGACAGAAACGCACUGAACUAGCCGCACGCGCGAGGUUCUGGUGGCCGCAACUCCGAGCAUCCAUCUACCACUUCUGCCAGUCCUGCGAUACAUGCGCAUCCUUUAAGUCUCCUGUGCCAACACCCAGGGCUCCCAUGCAACCCAUGACCACGGGUUUCCCCGGAGAACGCGUGGGACUAGAAUUAUCGGCCCCCUCCCUAUAUCCGUACGCGGGUAUGAAUACAUACUAGUGAUAAUAGACUAUUUCACGAAAUGGGUCGAAGCGGUGCCACUACUCCGCCAAGACGCCACAUCUGUCGCCAACGCCGUCAACAGAUCCUGGAUUUGCCGCUGGGGCGCCCCCCUAGCCUUCCACACCGACUGUGGGAGCAAUUUCGACUCUCGACUCUUCCAGGACGUUUGCCGCACGCUGGACGUCAACAAAACCCGCACUACUCCCUAUCACCCCGAAGGCAACGGCCUCGUCGAACGAACUAACCGCACCCUUCACAACCUCCUUCUCGCCUUUUGUAAAGACAAUCACGAACAUGACUGGGACACACAAUUACCCUUCUGCCUGAUGGCAUACCGGAGCUCAAUCCACUCCUCCACCGGUUUCACACCUCAUUACCUAUGGACUGGGCGCGACCUACGUCUUCCAGUAGACCUUCAACACCCCUUAGACGUACCCGACCCCACCCCCGUUACCACAUACGCCUCCCAACUCCGCGAAACAAUUCGGACCGCCUAUAACGCAGCACGCGAGACGCUCGGUGCAUCAUCAAACCACCAGAAAACACAGUGCGACCGUCGUUCGACCGGAACCACACAUCAAAUCGGCGACUUGGUUAUGCACCACAACCCGAUACCUCCGCGAGGAGUGUCAGCCAAAUUUCACUACCCGUGGCAAGGCCCCUUUGUCAUCCUAGAUGCACCGUCCCCCACGACCAACCUCUUGCGCGAUGCUUCCCAACCCCACGCACCACCCUUCACAACAAACUUCAACAAACUCAAACCCUACCACGGUCGUUUACCCACCUGCACACCCGACUCCCUACCCAUUAUCCCAUAUGACCAGGUCCCCCCAGCUGCAGUCGAAGUUACUAUACCCUCCCCCAUCAUACCCAACAGCACUGAGGACAGUGCUGCAUCUUCAGAGGGGGGCUAUGUAAGACCCCAACAGAACUGAUGGACAAAAACUCUUGUGUUUUAAUCACGACCACUCUUUUGUAGGUCGAUCGUGAGGAAUGAUCUCCUGUGAACGAUCGUCAACGGCCGCACCCCGAUAAGUUCCAUCUUAAACACUUUUCGCUGAUCUGUUUUAUUGUACAGUUACGCUUAUACUGCUUGCUGAAUUGUUUUCCAGCCCAGUUUUCUUCGGCGUAUUCCACGUGUAUCCCUACACUCCCCCGAGUUCUUAACGUUUUCGCUCAUGAACGUUUUUCCGUUGUUUGUUAUAGUUCAACCUUUUUCUGCACGUUUACAUAAUAAGCUUUCGUUAUAUUCUUCCUCUCGUUCCCAAUAAACCGUUGCAUUUUUCCGAUCGUCGUUUAACACUCUCACCGAUUUGCGUGACUGUAUGUGAGUGCUUGUGUAAUGGAUAUCUUAGGCUCAAAUACUUCCGACUCCGAAUCCCUGACUAAGAAGAGGAAGCUACACUCGGAAUCUAGUGAUCUACCAGCCGUACCCUCCCCGAGCUCGCGGGACAUUACACUUCGUAACCAUUUCCACGAAGUUGUCCGUACGCGUCCAAAAUGAGACCAGGUAACAAUAUUCCGCGGCAACGCCUUUUAUAAAGUUUGUGGUUUAAGCAUAUGGCGUGGCGUUAUCCGGUACAUCGAAGGCAUCUUAAUAAUUUGUUUUUUAUUAUAUGAAGCGCAAAACUGCGCCCAAUGGUACCUUACGGAAGCGUCAAACUGAGUUUAAGUGAGCGCGGCAAGAAAUUAAACAGUUAAUGACGUUUAUACAGCCCACUUACGCAACACAUCACCUAGAAAAUCAUGAAAUGAUUUUGGUGAAUGGUCUUAAGAACUAGGGAAGAGAAAGCAGAUGAAGAACGCAAGCGAGGACUGCUCGAUCGUUAUUGGCGCAGACUGAGAAUUCGAUAAAGGCGAAAUAUAGAAAAAGCACACAACAUGGGACAAACUGCUGGUUUUGUUGUACACGACUGUACGGAAUAAGAAUAACCAUCAGCCACAGCAAACAGUUUAAUUUAAUUGUAAUUGUUUUAAAGUUGCGAAAAUUCCCAUUGAGUAAUUCAGAAGAGCAUUUGGCAAGCGUACGCGUGAUCUGAUAAAUCCUCAUCCGGCCUGUACAUUUGGAUGGGAACGAGGUGUAAACUGAAACGUGUGAGCGAUAAGAACAAUCGAUUAAGUUUAGUCUUUUCAUACAAACGGGGUAUGAGAAUAGAGGGAAGGGAAGUGAGGGGCGACAGUAGGUGACAGUGAGGGUUAGGAAGAGCCGUGUGACAAGGGGGGAGGGGGAGGUGGGAGAGCGGCGACAUACAAACAGUCAGUCGGUCCGUGCCCACGGUAGACGCGGAGUGUGCGAGAGGUUAUUCUGCGCGCACAGGAUCGACAUCUGUAGCCUGAUGGCAAUUGCCUCUGCUGUCGCUAGUAGGAACUGACCAAGUUGUUUAGGGUAGUUAGGUGUGACCUUGUAAAUGACACGAAUGGCUCCCAACCUUUCUUAGACGUCCAUGAAAGCAGGAGAGUUGACGUCAGCUUUUGAAUAAGCAUCUAUCGAAAGGACACAUUUUCUGGGCAAUAUACGAAAUUCUUCAGUGUUGUACUCCUUUAAAAUAGGAGUAGUCUAGCCCGCUGUUGGGCAGAAAGCGCUAGAAAAAGCUGUUUGGUUGAUAGCUUUGAUAAGGAACUUAGAAGAAUCGAGGACCUGCAUCAUGAGAACGGGUAUUCUGACAGAAUUAUUAUAAAGAAUCUUGCCACCUAUGCAAGAUAUUUGAUCUCGCUCUUGAAAGUAAUGCCGUUCCUGGUUUGUGGAAGGAAUCGCACAUUUUGCCCAUUUCCAAGCAUGACCAAUAUACGUCAUUUGAUGGCUUUCGGCCAAUAACCCCCCCCCCCCCGGCCUCUUUGAAGAUCUUAGAGACAUUGAUCAAAGAUAAGAUGAUGUGUCACUUAACAGACAAUAACCUACUCAGUGAUGUUCAGCAUGGAUUCCUGAAAGCUCGAUCUUGUGCUACAUGUCAGCUCUCUUUCUUUGACUAUGUUCUCCAAUCUAGGGACAAUGGUUUUGCACUUUACACAGUCUAUUUCGAUUUCACUAAGGCGUUUGUUCGUGUGGACCGUUCUCUUCUUCUCUUGAGACUUUGCUCUUUCGGAAUAGGUGGUAAGCUUUUGGAGUUAAAAUCUUCCUACCUAGAUGGGCGCACACACCGGGUUCAUAGUUCCAAUCUUAUCUUAAACUCCAUAUCCUCGAGGAGUGGGGUCAUUCAGGGUAGUGUACUCGGCCCGCUUUUAUUUUGCCUUUUCGUUAAUGAUGUACCCGAUUCAUUUCAGAACGGUAAGUCCUUCAUGUAUGUCAAUGAUCUGAAAGUUACACAUAGACAUAAACCGACAGAGUGGGACAUAAUUUUCGAACUCCUGAAGAGCGACCUACAGGCCUUUGCUCAGUGUUGCCGCAAAUGGCGCCUUUCUCUUUCUUGGCAUAAAUGCUCAGUAAUGGCGAUGGACUAAAUGGAGGUAAGUGUGUGGUUCUUGGAGGAUAUGGUGGUGCGUAUGGCGAAGUGUGAGUGCAUGGGUUAGUGUGUAUGGAUUGAGUGUACAUAAGGGGAGGUGGGUUAACUAGGUGGUAAUUGUAUUUAAAUGGAGUUUUGGUGGGGAAGUGCAAAAGCCGAAGUAAUUUGUGGGGUUGUCAUUAGAUGGUAAGAAGUUUGGAAUGCUAUAAUGGUUUGGCUUAUUCCUAUGCCACGCAGGUGGAUAUUGGGGAGUUGAGAUACAGUUAUAGAACUUCAUUUGUUUCAGGCUAGAGUUUGUAGAACUCCUAUUUAGAAGAUGAAGAUGCGAUCGCUCGCUGGAACAAGAAAUUUAUUGACCUGACGCUUCGGAUUCUCACUCGAAUCCAUCAUCAGAGACAUUCGCAGAUAAAGGUGAUGGUGGCACCAGGAGUGCAGUAUUUAUAGCACGUUGCUGCCGUGGACCGUAUGCUCACUGCAAUCAACAGUUCUCGCAAUCACCGCUGGGGUCGUAUUUGAUGCGCUGAUGGCUUGUCGGUCCGAGUCCGAGUCGUUAAUUGCCGUGAUUUUGUCAUCCGUGCUGAAUGCUGGUGUGACGAUUGCUCGGCAAACUGGCUCACUGUCACCCUGAUAAUUGCUCACCCGCGCCCUCCCCACAUGACUGAUUCUCCUGCCCAGGGAAAGUCGCAGCACGGAAUAUGGUACCGGGAGGUCAUUGUGCUUGUUGAUGGAUUGCGGGUCUGAGAACCAUGACUCGAGCAGCUCGCGGCUCACGCGGUUGUCACCUCUUGCGAGGAUUUCGGCCUCUUGAAAUUUGAAGAUAUGGCUGGGUCUCGUCGAAUUAGUCGCCACCUGAGAGUUAGCGUCUCCCCGCCUCACUGCUGCUGCGUGCUCGGCAAUUCGCAUACGGAGUAAUCUCCAAGUUUCUCCGACAUAGUUGCUUUGUCCGCAACUACACUAGAUCCGGCAAACGACUCCAGACGUUUCCUGCCGUGGCAGGGGGUCUUUUUGUCUCAUGAUUUGGCGCCUAAUGGUUGCUUCAGGCCUGUGUGCGACCCCAAAUCCAAGUGGAGUGAAAAGACGACUGAGGGCUUCCGAGACGUUCUCCACGUACGGAAAAGCCCACCAAAAUUUGGGGCCGGUUGGAUUUGGUCUCUGGUGUCCUUUUUGUAUGCACUGGUUGACAAAGUUGCGCGAGUAACCGUUGGCUCUCAUUAUCCGUCGAAGAUAUUGUAAUUCAUUAAUCCUGUCUUCCAUUUCACUGCAGUGCGUCUCAACGCGCCGGUAUAGCGCCCUUACGCAAUUGCGUUUGUGACUGAUCGGGUGGUUGCUAUUGCAGUUCAGUAUUUGCGUCGUAUUUGUAGCUUUCCUGAACACUUUAGUUUUUAGGUCACCACAAUCUUUGCGGCAGACGAGGACAUCCAGGAAGGCCAAAUGAUUGUUCUCCUUCUCCUCUAUCGUAAAUUGAAUGUCCGGGAAGACGGCGUUGAGAUGUUCUUUGAAUGUCAGUACCUGAUCCCGUUCGAUGACGACGAAGGUGUCAUCCACAUACCGAGCCCAGAAUUUCGGUCUGUGAUGUCGGAAAACCAGCGGUUCCAGCCGUAG